AUGUGCCAGCGAAGACGUGUCUACUGGGCUUGUCUACACGAGGACGUCAACGUCACCCCGCCGUCGCCCCUCCUCUAUUGCGCCAAGGCCACGCCGCGGACGGACGCCGGUGGUAGUGGCGACAGCGACAGCGACGGAAAUCGUAUCCGCCAUAACGAUCUCAAGCCGUGCGCCUCCGCCGACACGCUUCCGCUCACUGCAAAGCACGAUCUGUUUAAUGCGGUUAUGCACCCGGAAAGCUGCGAGGUCUGUGCUGCCGAUAGCACUACUACUACCGGCCUAUCCGGCCAAGAGACAAUAACGAUUGACGAGGAACCGUCGACGAGAGACGCCGGAGCUAAUGAUGUAGAAAAUACCCACCGGGACGUGAUAGGAGACUUUGAAGAAGAUAUGUUUGAUCUAGAUUGGAUCAUGGACGACCAUUUGGUUCAAGAAUCUCAAAGGGCAUCUGGGGAGGUGAUGGCCGGGGAAGAACAGUCUUCCGGGUCCACCGGCGGAGUCUGGUUCCCGGAUGCGGGGCCUGUGUCGGAGGGAGAUUUUCAACUCUACGAUGACGAUGAAGAUAGAUUCAUAGAAGACGAUAUGAAGGAUAUUGGUAGCAAGGAUGGAUAUGUGACACCAUUGUUAUAG